AUGUGCGUCAUCAAACUGCCACGUGACGUCUUCUCACGCCGCCUCGCCUUUCUCUUCCAGCUCUCGCCGUCUAUCGUCGUCCUCUUCUGCGCCCGCGCCCUGCGCGCCCCGACCACGGCGCCUUCAUCGCCCGCCUCGAGCUCCUCCCGCCGCCCCAGCCUCCGCCGCCGCAGGCGCCCCACCCGCUCACCGGACUCUGCUUCGCCAUCGCUGACGCGUAUUGACUCGAUUGGAGGUGUAAGGAUACCAUGUGCUUAUUGUGGUGUCUUGGCAUUCAGGCCUUCGCAUGCUGUGGUUUCCAGCAGUGGUGUCAUUCCUGUUGCGCCUAGCCUGGACACUACAGGUUGGUUUGCAAGGGAUCCAAGUGUGUUGCAUCGUGUUGGGCAUCUUCUUCUUAGGCUUCCUUAUGCUGGUAUUCGCCAACCUAGAAUUAUUUACAUAGCAGAUGAUUGCUUUGAACUUUCGAAGAUACCUGCUAGGAGACUUACUCAGGUGGUGAAAAAAUCUGUGGAGAAGCUCUUUGGAAGACAAGUACGUCAUGUGAAUCUCGAAAAUUAUUUGAGUUCAAGAAUAUCUGGCCUGAGUAACUAUUCAAAUGGGCAUAAGAAUGGUGAUUCAAAGUUCCCUCUGCUAGCACUUUGUAAUGCCAUGAGAUCACUUCACAAGCGGGAAUUCAAAGAUCAGCAUAUGGAGUGGAUAAACUCAGUUAAGCCUGCUGUGGAUGCUCGCAUAGUCAGUGAUUUGUCUGAGGAUGGUGAUUCAGAUAUUGAUGACUGCCAAGAUGUGAGGAAAGAAGCACGCUCUGCGCUAAGUGAACUUCUUAAGGAUGAUGGGAUUCUGGUGAUUCCAACUGCUUUGGGGUGCCCCCCAAAGCUUAACGCUAAGCAACUCUCAUCUGAAAUCUACAAUUCUCAGACACUACGUCUUUUAUCUUUAGCUAGCAUGUCAGGAUGUUGCCAGGUUUCUAUUCCUUUGGGUACACAUGAUAAGUGUCCCAUUUCAGUUUCAUUUAUUGCUAGGCAUGGUGGUGAUCGUUUUUUGUUGGAUACUCAAACCAUGUAUACAACCAUCCAAGAGCAAGGGGAGAUACUAGCGAAAUCUAGUGUUUCAAGUAAACAAGCAAUGAAUGAAGAAGCAGCUGAAGCUGCUAAAGACAAAACAAUAAAACAAUGUUCACUUAGAAGAACCUUGUGGCAUCAACAAAAGAUAAUUUUUCUUAUUGCUCAUCCGAUGUAUCAAAGCACAACCUGUCCUCCUGUGCCAACGCUCUUUGGCAUACUUAUUUCUCAUAUACCCUGUAACUAUGGUCAAUCAAAUAUUGCCAUUUCGUAACACCAUGUUGCAAUAUGAACCAAAUCUUUGGGGAUGUGAAUAUGUCAUCGACUCAUCAUAGACUUAAAGCAAAUAAUGUCUUCCAAAGUGGUUUACGGGUGUCCGCGAUCCCCACCAUGUAUAAAAUGGUUUCUCAAAUUAUUUAUUCAAACGCUUUGCCAAUAAAAA